GUAACACACAACAUUGGCUCUUCCUCAAAUGUCACAUCUGUGGCUUAUUUGAAACGCCGACGUAACAUUUUGUGAGUCGAUGUCGUGUCUUAAUAACUAUAGCUGUCCGUGUCACACAGACAAAGCACGUGAGUAAUUUUAGCGAGUCUCAUGUCGCGUGCUGGAUAUGAAACCCGAUUUAUCAGCAACCAGUUGCCAGGUUACCAGCUGAGGAAGACUGCCAUGGCAACGAACUACAGAACUUAGAGGUGUCAGAGAUGUAAACUGGCAACGUAGAAGUCUUAUUCAUACCAGGAAACCUGCUGUACAAAGUGAUCAACAUGUCAUCUGAGGAGGAGACGUCUCAGACUUCCUCUUCCUCCUGCUCUCCUCCUCCUUCCUCUCCUCCACCUGCCUCCCACUUCAUCGGCAAGAAGGAGGACAUUGUCAAGGCUGGGCGUGUGACCAAGACUGUUAAUGGUUGCAGAGAUGUACUCGUCCUGUACCACCAGGGGCAGCUUCAUGCUAUGGAUGUGCGCUGCUACCAUUCAGGUGGUGCAUUACAGUAUGGAGACAUUGAGGAGUUUAACGGGCAGCUGUGUAUCGUGUGUCCGUGGCACAAGUACAAGAUCACACUAGCAGAAGGGGAAGGGCUCUACCAGGCUGUGGACGAUCCCACAGCCAAACCCCUGAGGACACACUGGCGCUCCAAGGGCGUCAAACAGAGGAUUCACAAGGUCACUGAGGUCAACGGGAACGUAUAUGUAACACUGAACGACUCCAGCGAGCCCAUCGAGUCAGAUGUCUACCAGACUGAGAAAUAUAGGACUGGCUUACUGAAGACUCAGCCAAAACCCAAGAAAUAAUUCGACACUAGGAGGAUUAUUCAACCAAAAACACUUGGCUUCAAGGACAAUGAAAAGCAUAUCAAAACCCUCAGAAUCUGUUUAUCACUAUUAUAAUUGUUAUUUCAAAAACUGUUAAUAUGUGUAUGAGCUAUUAAGAUUUAUAUGAGUCAAUCUAAGACAGAGAGGGAACUAUCUGACAAUAAAUAUCAUUAAAAUAUAAAUAAAUAAUUGGAGUUAGAUGAUUAUAUGGGACAUUCAAACAGCAGCUGCAGGAUUUUUAAUCACUUUCGUGUGAAUUUUUCUGUUUCAGUUAAACAUUCAGAGAAAUUUUGAUUUUUCUUCUGUCUACUUUCACUGCUCAGGACUGUGCUCAUGCUCUACUGGACGCAGCUUGUUUCAGCUAAAUCAGAAAACAGGGCAUUACUGGAGACAUUGGUCCAGUCAGUAGGUUUGAUGCAAAAUGUAAUUUAAUGUAUGAAAUCGGUUAACACCUGGUUUAGCAGUUUUUUGACAGUGAACUGUGACUGCUACUGAAUAUUGUGGUUUUGUAAUUAUUAAAUGGUGUGCAAAUAUACUUUUUUAUAUAAUUUUGGUGGGGAAUAAAUGACUGAUUAUUUCUACGUCAUGUUAAAUGAUAUGAGGAAUAUUAUUAUG